UGGUUUUGAGAACUCUUCAGCAUGUUAAAUGUGUCACAGUCUGAGUCUAACAUGACAACAGCAAGUCAGAACCAGGAUCUGUUGAGGAUAGUACUAAUUUCCACCCUGUCUACAGUUCCAUCAUUUGUUUUUCUCUACAUUAAUGGGACCAUUCUGUUCACGCUGAGGAGUAAACCUGUGUUUCGUGACACCUGUCGUUACAUUCUACUCUACAACCUUCUUCUGGCAGACACUGUCCAGCUGGCGCAGAGUCAAGUGCAGUUCUUACUGUCAGUGUGCAGAGUCAAACUGGCUUAUUCGCUGUGUACUGUUCUUAGCAUGAUUGCCAAUGUUACGACUGGGAUUUCUCCCCUCACACUGGUGGUAAUGCCAUUAGAGAGAUAUGUGGCUGUGUGCUACCCACUGAGGCACUCUUCCAUCAUCACCGUCAGAAACACAACUGUAGUAAUCAUUGCAAUUUGGGCCGUCAGUUCACUGAACAAUCUCACUCGUGUUCUGUUGUUUCUAGAGUUUUCAUUAGAUAAAAUAGAGAGUUGGCAAACAGAAGACGUUUGUUCUCGUAUAGCUUUGGUGCUUGGUGCUGUAACUGCAGAAUAUGACAGGGCCUAUAUAUGUGUUGUGUUUGUAUCAGCUGGUGUUGCUACAACUUUCUCCUAUGUUAGUGUCAUUAUAGCAGCCAGGUCAGCCUCCACAGAUAAAGCUUUAGCUCAUAAGGCCCGUAACACCCUGCUGCUGCACCUGGUUCAACUUGGCCUGAGUCUUUCCUCAACUAUUAAUAACCCACUCAUUAUAGCUCUUUCAAAAAUUCUAACAACAGUGGCAUUUUUAUGGGUUCAGAAUGUUUUUUAUGUUUGUUUUAUUAUCUUCCCCAGAUGUUUGAGUUCUCUGAUCUACGGGCUAAGAGAUCAGACCAUCAGACCUGUUCUUUUGUAUUAUCUGUGUUGUCGACUGAAAGUUAAAAUCAGCGGCUAGUAGUUUUUGAAACAUUUAUGUCUUUCUGGAUUCUGGACGCACAAGGUCCAGGAUCCACUUGGACAAUGGGUUUGUUGCCGUCAAAGGAAAACGGGGCAGUUCACCACCAGAUAUUAUCUUCUACAACCCAAAAUAAGACAUUGGCAGGUUAAAAAGAAACUUUCAGAGUUAUGUCUGGAACAAAGAUGUUUUCUAUUUAUAUUUUCCCUUAUAAAUAUUUUCAUCUUAAGUUUUCAAGAAAAUAAGAAUAAGGUUUAAUAUUGAAAAUAAAAUUGACAGGCAAUAUAGAAGUACCUGUCAUGUUCACGAACAUCAUGAUCUCCAUUGUGACAAUAUCUUUGCUUUAAGUGAAAGUUGUGUGAUGUUACUUUAAAAUCUAACUCAAACACAAGAAUAUUUCUUUUUCAUGUAUAUCAGUUACUUAAUUUAACACCUGAACUUUGAAUUGUUGUUUUUUUUUCAAAUUAUUUUGAAUGAAACAGCCCUAUAAAUAAAAUAUGUAUCUUGCUAACUAUCAGUAACAGUUUUGCCUUAAUAUACUAGCUUAAGGUAUUUACACAGAAAAUCUUAACAGAAUGUGAUCUAAUAAUUUUACUUUAGAAAGAAAAUACAAAGUGAAAGGCCUAAUUAACAUUCCCCUGAGAUCCGUGUGCAGUUUGUUCUUUUUCCAAACAAAUAAUUGUCAAUUCCUUGUUUUAAAACUAAAGCAAACAAAUGUCAAUAGCAAAAACAGAGAAGACAAGUCAAAUCAAAGACAAGUUUUAUAUUUUGUUGGUAUACUAUUGGGGACCAAGCAGAACCAGAAAUCAUGAUGAGAACUUUAGGCGCAUUAUGUUUCCACUUAGCACUUAAACACCCCAAAUCUCACCAUGAUAUGUCUGAGGGAGUCAGCAUUGAGAAUGAGUUGGGUAAAGCUUUAUGACACUGGAGUCUCCAUGUCACAACUAAGGUUGUGAACAAACUCUUUUUUUGGUGACUUCUGUCAUUUCCAAUGUCGCUACAUAUUAAAACAAUUGCAUAUUUUUACUUUGGAUUAGGAGCCAAAAAUCUAAUUCUAUGGAUUUUAGUUUAUUUAUUUAGGUUUUGAAAACAAAAAACCCCCAAAAUAACAUAGUUAUUUCUUUCUUUUUUGUGAUUCUGUUUGGAAAUGGAGAAACUAAAGAACAAACCAUACAAAGAUUUUCAAACUAAAGUAAUUUGGUCUUUAGGCGGAUGAGUGACCAUCCUAGAGAAAUUUGUUCAAUGUGUAAAUAGAAUUCAAAAUUGCUUUACAAUGCAGCUGUCACUUUUGAAUAGUGGAAGCUGCAUUUGAUGAUUUGAAUAGUAUUUUUGCUGUGCUACCUUUACCUGAGCUGCUGCUAUGUCUUUAAUGUUCAUCUCAUCACUGUUUCUACUCUGUGUUUUCAUGAAAAUGUUAUCAACGUUGUCUCUUGAAAGAUAAA